AUGCAUGCUGUUGGUCGCCAGCUGGCAGUGCAGAAGGUAUUGGAUGUGCGCUUCCAUCCGAGGGGCCACCCUCAGCUUGUCAUUGGCUGCAACGAGGCCCCGAACGAGUUGCUCCUCUUCGACCUCUCCUCCGGCUCCCACCGCCCCCUGCAAGGCCACGCCUGUCAGAUCCAGGCGGUGGAGUGUGCCAUGGAUGAUCACGCCAUCAUCUUCCCCAUUGCUCUCUUGCCAUGUAUCAUCCAGGCGGUGGAGUACGCCAUGGAUGGUGACGUCAUCCUCUCCUGUGGGGGCUGUACACUCAAGCCCAGCCAUGCAGGCUACAAGCCUACCGUCAAUCAACCGCAUUUCCGAUCCACCUGCCGUGGCAACCAUUCCCUUCAGGUGUGGGACUCCACGUCAGCAUUGCUGCUGCACUCGUGUGGGCCGGGAGUUGCUGCCACCGCCACCGCCACCGCCACUGCCAGUGGGAACCCGUCAAUUGCGUGUCAUCGCGACAAGAUCCGUGCUCUUGCCGUUAACCAGAAGAUGUCAUGCGGCGGGGAUGGCGGCGUGGCUCUCUUUGAUUCACGCAUGCACAAGGCCAUCACUCGCUUCUCACUGGGAGGCAGUUUUGAGGUGAGAGGGAUCAGAGGGGCGAGGGGAAGGGAGGUGAGAGGGGGUGAUGGGGGGUAUAGGGAGGGAUGGCGGUGUGGCUUUCUUUGUUUCGCGCAUGCACAAGGCUGUCUCUCGCUUCUCCCUAGGGAGCAAUUGCGAGGUGACGUCAGCAGUGUUAAGCCCGUGACGUCAGCAGCGUUCAGCCCCUGUGGUCGGUUUUUCCACGCUGCCUGCUCGGCCAACUGCUGCUUCCUCUUCGACUCCCGCUGCCUCCCCUCCUCCUCCUCCUCCGCUGCUGCUCCCCCCUCCUCCUCGUCCGCUCCCCCUUCCUCUUCCUCCUGCCCCUCCCCCUCUCUGCGCGCUCUCUUCUGCCUCUCCCACGGCCCACCCAUGCCGUCAGUGCAGCACUCCGUGCAGCAUGCGGGCUUUGUGGAUUAUGGGGACGAAGGGGUCAAUGAUGCCAGGUGGCUCUCUGCUUCGCCUGGCCUCGUGACUGCCAGUGGCAAUGGCAGUGUGGCUGUGUGGGACGUCUCUUUGGCCGAUCCCCUCACUGCCUUCUCCUUCGCACACACUCGAUCUAUCAACACUGUAAAGCAGUCCACAUGCCUGGCUGACAAGGCUGUUGCUUUGGCGUCCCCCUCCCUGCAUGGCAGGUGGCGGGGCCACCCGGUGACGCCUGCAUUGCCUUUUGAGGCGUCUCAAAAGCCUUUUCUCUGCUCCUCCUCCCCCUCCCUCCAUGACCAGGUGGCAGUGGCACCCGAUGAUGCCUGCAUUGCCACCGAAGGGGAUGAUCAGAAAGUGGUGAGCGCAUUUCUCUCCCCUCUCCUCCUAGGUGUUACCAUCUGUACCUCUCUCCAUUCAACCCUUCCCCCUUCAGGUCCUCCAUCUCUCUCCUUUGACCGCCUCUUCAACCUCGACUCACUGGAAGCUCACACAUCCCCUUGCCUUGUAGCCUUGCUGCAGCAUGCAAAUAACUACGGGCGAAUUAACUCGCCCGGUGAUGACAUCCAUGUAGCCAUGGUGAAGAAUACGCGCAAGGCAGGAACAUCUACUGCCGCCUCCGAUGCGAGCUGUGAUGGGGACGGCGGCGACGAAGAACACGGCGACGACGCCAAGGAGCAUUGGCCGGAGAACGGCCACAACGACAGCGCUUCAGGGGAUGAAAUAGCUCCUGCCAACAUCGACGAGGACGAAUGGUGGAAUCGGCCGGUUGGGAGUGACGACGAAGUGGAAGAGUGGCGGGCUGGUGAUUCAGACAACGACAAGGGUGCUAAUGCUGAUGAUUCCCAGCACUCACGACCAGAAGCUGACGAAGGUGUUGCCAAUGAAGGUGGCUGGAACAGUAACAAGACGGCAGGAACAGUAGCUGGGCAGCAGUAA